AUGUUCUCAAGGUCUGGAUUUUAUUUCACAAAGAAUUCAACUGUUCUAACAUCAUUAGCUCGUCAUCCAUCAUGUAAACCUAAUUUAAUACUUAAUAAAAUAAAUUCACCUACUUUAAAACAAUUUAAAUUCAAUCAAUUAUACAAAUUAUUCAGACCAAAAAGAUCAUAUACAACAAUUGCAUCAUCAUCAUCUCCAAUUACAACAAAUUUAAAAAGUAAAGUUUCUACUAAUCUAAAUCCAUCAUCAAAUUUAAUAACACCACCAAAAUCAGUUGGUAUAUGGUUAAUAGGUACAUCUACAUUAAUAUUUGGUAUAGUAGUAUUAGGAGGAUUAACAAGAUUAACAGAAUCAGGAUUAUCAAUAACUGAAUGGAAACCAGUUACUGGAUCAAUCCCACCAUUAAAUGAAAAAGAUUGGGAAGAAGAAUUUAAUAAAUAUAAAAAUUCACCAGAAUUUAAACAAUUAAAUUCUCAUUUAACUUUAGAAGAAUUUAAAUUUAUAUUUUUAAUGGAAUGGAGUCAUAGAUUAGUUGGAAGAUUUAUUGGAUUAGUAUUUAUAAUACCUGCUAUAAUUUUUUGGUCAAGAAAUAAGUUUAAUCCAAGAGUAACUAAAAGAGUUAUUGGAUUAACUGGAUUAUUAGGAUUACAAGGAUUUAUUGGUUGGUGGAUGGUCAAAUCUGGAUUAGAUGAAGAAGAAUUAAAAGAUAGAAGAUCAAAACCUACUGUUUCUCAAUAUAGAUUAACUACUCAUUUAGGUGCUGCAUUUUUAAUGUAUUUAGGUGUAUUAUAUACUGCAAUGGAAAUUUUACAAGAAAAUAAAAUUAUAAAAACAAUUAAAAAAGGUGGUGAAUUACAAUUUUUAAAAAUUGAAAAAUUAAUUAAUCAAUUAAAUAAUCCAGCUUUAAUUAAAUUAAGAUAUGUUUCAUAUGGGCUUUUAGCAUUAACAUUUCUAACAGCAAUGUCAGGUGGAAUGGUUGCAGGAUUAGAUGCAGGUUUAAUUUAUAAUACUUUCCCUCAUAUGGGAGAUAAUUGGAUACCUUCAAAAAAUGAAUUAAUGGAUCCAGUUUAUUCAAGAAAUUCAAAUGAAUCAGAUUUAUGGUGGAGAAAUUUAUUAGAAAAUCCAACUACUGUUCAAUUAAUUCAUAGAAUAAUGGCAACAACUACCUUUUUUUCAAUAUUAGUUACUCAUGUUUAUUGUAAUAGACGUAAAAAUAUAGUUCCAAGACAAGCAGAUAUAAUGAUGAAAACAAUGAUGGGAUUUUUAACAUUACAAGUUACUUUAGGUAUAACUACAUUAAUUUAUUUAGUACCUAUUCCAUUAGCUGCAGCUCAUCAAGCUGGUGCAUUAGCUUUGUUAACUACUGCAUUGGCUUUUGUAUCAAGAUUAAGAAAACCAAGACCUGAAUUUGUUUCAUAUAUUAAUAAACUUAUGAAGAAUCAACUAUUAAAAAGUAAAAGAAUCGUGUAA